GUGAUAGAUUCCGCAGUAUAAUAGAUGAUGCCUGGUGGUUUGGAACUGUGGAAAGUCAGCAGCCUUUUCAGCCAGAAUAUCCUGAUAGCUCUUUCCAGUGUUACAGUGUUCACUGGGACAAUAAUGAAAGAGAAAAGAUGAGCCCCUGGGAUAUGGAGCCAAUUCCAGAUGGAACUGCUUUUCCAGAUGAAGUUGGUGCUGGUGUUCCUGUGUCCCAGGAAGAACUGACUGCUUUGCUAUAUAAACCCCAGGAAGGAGAGUGGGGGGCUCAUUCCAGAGACGAGGAAUGUGAACGCGUUAUUCAGGGCAUCAACCACCUUCUUUCCCUGGAUUUUGCCAGCCCUUUUGCUGUUCCAGUGGAUCUCAGUGCCUACCCCUUGUAUUGUACUGUAGUUGCUUAUCCAACUGACCUCAAUACCAUCAGACAAAGACUUGAAAAUCGCUUUUACAGGAGAAUAUCAGCAUUAAUGUGGGAGGUACGCUAUAUUGAGCAUAAUGCUAGGACUUUCAAUGAGCCAGACAGUCCUAUAGUUAAAGCAGCCAAGAUUGUGACUGAUGUCUUACUUCGAUUUAUUGGGGAUCAGAGCUGUACUGAUAUUUUGGAUACUUAUAAUAAAAUCAAAGCAGAACUAAACAGCAGUGAUGCAGAGGAGGAUACAGAAAUGGUUGAUUUAGAUUCAGAUGGUCCUGGAACUUCAUCUGGAAGAAGGGUCAAAUGCCGAGGCAGAAGACAGUCUUCCAAGUGUAAUCCUGAUGCUUGGAAAAAACAGUGCAAAGAACUACUGAGCCUCAUUUAUGAACGUGAAGAUUCAGAGCCAUUUCGACAGCCAGCAGAUCCUCAGUCUUACCCAGCUCAACAACAGCAAGAAGGAGAACCCUCAGCAUCUGCUGUUCCAGAUACACAAGAUCCAUCUCAUUCUGAGGAUUAUCAAGAUGUUAUAGACACACCUAUGGACUUCAGCACUGUGAAAGAAACUUUGGAAUCAGGAAAUUAUGAUAGUCCUCUGGAAUUUUAUAAAGAUGUUCGCCAAAUAUUCAGCAACUCCAAAGCUUAUACUUCUAAUAAAAAGUCAAGGGUCUAUAGCAUGACGCUGAGAUUGUCUGCCUUAUUUGAAAAUCACAUUAAAAAUAUCAUCUCUGAAUAUAAGUCAGCAAUCCAAAAUCAGAAGAGGAGAAGGCCACGGUACAGAAAGCGCCUGAGAAGCAGCAGCAGCUCAUUAUCUAGCAGUAGAGCUCCUAGUCCAAAGGGGAAACAGAAGCAAAUGAAGUUACAGCCUAAAAAUGACCAGAAUACCUCAGUGUCUUAUGCCAGGACUAGUUCUCCUUUUUCUUCUCCUGUUUCAGAUGCCGCUGAAGGUGUUUCACUAUAUCUACUUGAUGAUGAAGGAGAUGGGCCAUUUUCUCCAUCGAGUUUCAGUGGAUAUAGCAGAAGUGGAAAUAGCCAUGACCCAGGGAAAACCAAAUCAUUUCGUAAUAGAGUUUUACCAGUUAAACAAGAUCACUCCGCCGAUGGGCCUCUUACAAAUGGUGAUGGCAGAGAGCCCCGAACAGGAGCCAAAAGAAAGCUACUCAGUGCGUCAGAAGAGGACGAAAGCAUGGGAGGAGAAGAAAAGGAGCUGAAAGAAACAAAAGAAAAAGCACAUUUAUCCUCCUCAGAGAGUGGAGAGUUAGGAUCCAGUCUAAGUUCAGAAAGUACCUGUGGCUCUGACUCUGACUCUGAAUCUACUUCCAGAACAGAUCAAGAUUAUGUAGAUGGAGAUCAUGACUAUAGCAAAUUCAUACAAACCAGACCUAAAAGAAAACUCCGGAAACAGCAUGCCAAUGGAAAACGAAACUGGAAGAUGAGAGGCACAGGAGGAAGAGGCAGAUGGGGAAGAUGGGGAAGAUGGAGUAGAGGAGGCAGAGGACGAGGUGGCAGGGGACGAGGGGGUCGAGGAAGAGGUGGAGGUGGGGGGAGAGGGAGAGGCCGAGGGAGAGGAGGGAGAGGUGCCUCUAGAGGAGCCACCAGAGCCAAACGAGCACGGGUUGCAGAUGAUGAAUUUGAUACCAUGUUUUCAGGACGUUUCAGUAGACUUCCUCGGAUUAAAACAAGAAACCAAGGCAGGAGGACUGUUUUAUAUAACGAUGAUUCAGAUAAUGACAAUUUUGUGUCCACUGAGGAUCCUCUGAAUCUUGGUACAUCCAGAUCAGGCAGAGUACGUAAAAUGACAGAAAAAGCCAGGGUUAGCCAUCUCAUGGGAUGGAAUUAUUAACAGUGAAUUAAUUUAGAGUAAUUUUUAAAAAUAAAAUCAAUGGCCUUCUACUGCAGGGAAUUUACCAGAAAAUCUACAAAGCAAGUUGUGUGGGGACUUCUGCUUCCUUUCACAUUGGUGCUUUUCCAUUAUGCCAGUAUACAUUUGUUUCAAGACUUUUAAUCUCCACACUUCAUUUAUUCAAACAAGCCUUACUCAUUAGGCCUUAAAUUAAAACAAAUUCUUCCCACACAUAUACAUGUGUGCACAUACACAUGCGUGGACAUGCGCACACAAAUGCACACACACACACACACACACACACACAUGCACACAUGCACACACGCACACACGCACACACACACACACACACACACCACAGACACACUACAGAUUUACUACAUUAAAGGAGCAUUCUGCUUCUUAAGAGUAGCAUGACAUUUUUAUCUCAAUAAGAUAGCCCUCUUUGCUUUUGUAUCACAGAAGUAUAGCACCUUCUUACAGAGUUUUAUAUAGUUUGUUUUUGCCAUUUUGAUUCCUAUACCCAGUAAUAAUAACUUUUGCACAAUACACCAAUCCUAAAGGCAGCUAUUAAAUGUUUACAGUUUCUAUAUUGUAAGAACGAUCUGGAUUAUUUUACUCUUCCCAGGCCAAACUUUCAUGAACUGUACUGAACUGAAGUAUAUAUUUAUACUGCAGUUUUGGGGUGGGGUGGGGGGGUAUCUUGAUAAGCUUUUCAUUGAUUUGCUUAAAUUCACGUUUAAGGUGAGAAAGGGUUGGUGCCUUGUAAAUAUGUAGCAAAUCUUUGUGGUGUGUCCUGAUGUGUGCAUUAACUUUAUUAAAAGAGAAUACUUGAGGUAUCAAUCUAGACAAGGUGCCAAAUGCAAAAGUUUCUUGCAUCCAUUUUUCUUUUCCUGUUAUAUUUUAUUGCAUUAAUAGAAACUUAUGUAGCUUAAUAGUAACUUAAACAUUUGAAAAAAAUCCUCAUCCACAAAGAAUAACUUCUUUGAACAGUAGCUCAGCUACCUCUAUUAACUACAACUACUGGAAAUGCUAAGGAAAAUAGAUGCUGUUACUCUUACUAAGGAGAAAUAGAACAAGCUUGGUAGGGAUGAAUACUCCUAAGUUAUAAGCUGAGAAUUUUCAGUAAUCAUAUUGGCUCUCAAAUGAAUAGAUGUAACAAAUUUCCUAAGUAUUAUAUGCUCUAGGCUUUUGUAGAACAUAUUUAUGUAAGUAGACUUGUUCUACUGCUCAUCUAUCUCUGCAACCACUUACUUUUUAACAGCUGUGAGUUACUGGUUUUCAUUUGAGUCUCAAAAGGUAACAAAGCACCUAACUUGAGUUGUACUAUUUUGGCUAGCUAAUACUUGGAAUCAAGUUUAAUGGGUUCUUCUCUUCUCAUUCCAAAGGGUUCUUCUGUUCUAGACUUCCAGAAAAGAGCCUCAUUGCACUGCAAACAGACAUUUUAAAUCAUUAUUUUAUAGUUGAGAAAAAAAUCUUUAAAAUCAUUUAAGGUCUUGUUUACAGCAAUAGAGUGCACAUGGUUCCAUAAGUGAGCUUCAGUUCUACGAUCAAUUGUAUUCCUCAACUUUGAUAUCACAGUUGUGCUCCUUGGUUAGAUACUUACAUUCUUGAAGUGGGAGGGAUAACAAUUGAUCUCUGCUUUUGUAACAGCAAUUCUGUUGCACUUAGAUCAGACUUAUGUGACAAAACAUUUCCUUAAUGUAUACCUGCUAGUCCAGGAUAUUUCUUACGCUGACAUGUUUGUUUCACGCUUUCAAUCAUUUCAUGCAUCUGAAAAUCUGUUAAGUGCUGAGGAAGGAGUGCACACAUAACUUUGCUUUUGGUGGGGUUGGGGGGUUAUUCUUGAACUAAUACCCUUAAGCAAUUUUCACUUGCAGUAGAAAUGAUGUUCGGGCUUUAAGAAAGUAUAAUGAACUGUUAAUGGCACUAAUGUCUGUUGCUAGAGAGCAGACCAAGCUGAUAUUUUUGUUGUUAUUUUUCUUCACUAUACCAAAACUAUUUCUGGUUACAACUCAGCUGCCAUUUUAACCAUAGUAUAGAUUGAAAAUAUUCCCAUUUUGAGAGUCUACAUUUGAUUUUUACUAAAAUAUACUAUUUCAGUUAUUCAUCUCUUGGGCAUUUAGACUAAAUUGUGCCUACGUUUUCCUGGAGUCAGUAACAUUUGUCCUACAACAACCAACAUAAUAUAGUUGCUUAAAUUCCUGGAUAUACCCAAAUAUGUAUCAUGUGUACCAUUGUAGUGUGAAAUUUUUGUUGACAUUCUUCUAUGAAGAGCUGACCUCUUGAAAUGUAGAAGAAUUACCAUUUGUGUGAUGUUAGCUGUCUGGAGCUUUAUUUAUAAUUUAUUUUGAAAAAUAAGAAUGCCACAUUUAUUUCCCCAAAUGUCAAGAUUUUCUAGGCUUACAUAAUUAGCAUAAUAAGGCUAAAGACAUUUUAAAGCAUAUUUUAUAUGUAGUGAAAUACUGUGAAAUACUAGUGAACAGCAUUUUGCUGUGAUGUUGAUUUCAGUUCUUAGAAUAUAAAGAGUUAGUCACCAGGGUAUGUUAGGUGAACAUAGUUAUCAUUUAUUAUAAAACAAACAGAUAAUUUUCUGUUUGCAUGCAAAUUAUUUUCAUAAGUAUGAAAAUAAAAGUCUGGGAAGUUUUUACUUUUUUAAAUCUGGAUUUCCCCCUUUCCUCAAUUUAUAUUUUAGGUUUUUUAACAAUGCUUCCUACAAAUGUCAUAAUUUGUAUCAUAUUGAAUACUUUGUUGUUUCAGGUAUCUAGAGAUCUUUUAAACCUAAAUGAGAUCUGGGUUCAGCCAUAGCAAAGAAAGUAGGGAAUGAGUUAAGAAUUCUGCAAAUAAAGACCACUGUUCUAUUUAGGCCCAUGAGAGCAUACACAUGUAUAAGUUUAAUCCUAUGCUAUAUCUGAAUAAUCAGUAAGCUAUAAUAUUUCUCAUAAAUGCUAAUGUUCAGAUUCUGAGCUUUAUGAUCUUAGCAUGUGUAUAUGUUUAUAAAACUGAAUCAUAUUUCUUCUCUGGCUUGCUGUAUGUAUCUCAUCUAGCAAUAGGAUGCUCUCCAAAACACUCACAAACCUACUAGCCUACUAACUAAAUUUGUUCUUGUAUAAGUGUUUGUGUACUUGUACGUAUGUAGCUUCUUUCCAGUUUGACAUACCUUAUCCCAGACAUUAUAAAAGAGAAUAGUUUAUAUGGAGGACCCUGUCUACCAAUUAUUUGCCUCGUUAGAGCUCAAUCUGUGCAUUUAUUAAUGCUUAGUCAUCCAUGUCUUCAUGUCUUUUAGAUAACUGAUUCUGAUUUUGUCAUAUAACUAUGCCCCUCUAUUCCUUUAAUUUAAUUUGCCCUUUUACUUGUUUGUUUUUUCUCUUUCCCUCCCCAGAAAUCAGGCUUGUUAGUGUUUUGUUUCACCCUGAGGCAAAGCAACUGAGUAAAAUUCCCAAGUUUUAUUCUACACAAUUGAGUUCUCAUACAUCUAAAUUAGUUUUCAGAUAUUUUAAGGUAGAUGUUAUCAGACAAUACAGUGAGUAAAAGAGAAAGAUGUGAAUACUACUUAUUUUUAAUAAACCAUUUUUGAGCAUUUUUCAAAAUCUGUAAGUGUGGUAAUGAUACACAUCAUUAUAUGCACAUAUGCCAACUGGUACUUAUCUUUACAGUUGAAUUUUCAUGCCCUGAAACAGGAAUCUUAAAACAUAUGAUUUUCACUCACUUUGAUGCCCAGCCAUUUAGGCAAUUACAAUAACAUUUGAAAAUCUGAAAUUAAUAGUUCUGGGGGAAGGAAUAAGACUUUUGAUAUUUAAAGUCCUUUAUUUUAAAUGCUAACCACAUUCCACAACAUCUUUGUGGUAUGAAAGGUUUUUAUGAAUGUUUCGUUGAAAACAUUCUAAGAUCCUUUUAAAGCUUUUUUUUUAAAACUAAUGGUGAAAUAUUUGCAUGCUGUUUUUACUUUACAUCUCUUAGCAAAGUUUCUUCACCAAGUGUUAAUUUAUCACAUUUACAAAGUUUGGGUUAAAAUCCAGUACAGAGUUAAAUAUUUUCAUGGUGCUGUAUUUUGUGGAACAUGGAUAGCACUCAGGUUUCUUGAUAUUUAUUCCUUAAUAUAGUCUUAUAGUCCUUGAGUAUUUCUUUUGUCAUCUUUCCUCUCGUGCUUGAUCUUAUCUCCACUUCUCUUUCUGCAAUGAAGACUGCACUUGACGUAGCAUACUUCAACCAGACUGGAAAUUUCUGAUUCAUUUCUGAGAGAAGUACACUAGAAAGGCCCUGCAGUUUAGAGUUAAGGUGUGUUUAUUUAUAUGUAUGCCCAUUUCUUAUUCUUAUACCUAUCUUAAUUAAAUCUAGAAUAUGGGACUUAGACAUAUAAAAGCAUGGUAAUUAUUUUCUAAAAAAAUAAAAUUAUUGAUACAUAUUGAGAUCGUCAUUAGUAAUUUUAAAAUCCCAUAUCGAGAUACCUAGGAACCCAGUUGGAAAAUGUGUUUCUUGCAUAUGUCACCAAAUAUACAUUAGGCAGUACUACAAAUGUUAAUUCUUUAAACAAUACUGUGGUGAUGGCAAUCAGUAAUUUAUUUCUUUGUUCUGUAACUUAUCAUCCCCGUCUUUUGUAAUCCUUUACACAGUAUUAACAAAACUGUACUUUAUGUUUGUUCUUAGUGUCCAUAAAUUUUAAGAUGGAAAAACAUUCAUUUAAUAGUUGGUAUGAUGCUGUAUAUGGGCAGAACGUCCAUUAAACAAAAAUCCAGUGGGGAAAAAGGUAAACAAACCUGGCUUGGUUUAUAAAAGAUGUUUUGUUUGGCAGUUGUCAGUCAUUAUAAGCAAUUACCUUCAAAGACAAAAAAAAAUAUACUGGACUAAUUUGUUGCCAUUCUUUAUGGGAUGUUUACAAUAAAAUUCCAAGUUGUUUGGAAUCAGUUGCACUCUCGCUGCUUUAUGCCUUAACUCAUACUAGAGAUAAAUUAACAAGACAAAGAAAUAUAAGAAAUCUGAAGUUAACCUUUCUACUACCCAGCUUUAGAGAUUGUACCAUGUGAUCAUUGGUCUUCUUUGCCAUACGAUAUUUUAUUACUAUUAUUUUUUAAUCUUAGAAACUGAGUUGCUUCCUAUGAAAGAAAAGAUGUUUCCUAGUUCUUGCUGAUAUUCUUUGGACCACCUUUCGGUAAUCAGUAUGAUGUUAACACUUUAAAAUGUGGGCUGCUUGAUGCCUUAAAACAGUAGCCUCCAAAGCACUAGUCAGCUCAUUGAUUGGCAGAGGUUCUUGAGAUGGAUGGAUUUCUAAUAUAUUGUUAAAUUUUCACAGCUGAGCUAUGGGUACCUAGUGCUUUUUAUCUGGGGUUAAAUUGCCAAUCACCUUUGAAUUGGAUGUAAAUCUAGGAGAGAGAGAAAUGAAGUGAGAUAGGAUCUGAACCUUUUACUAGGAACAGUCAUCUUUGGCUUUUAAUUUAUCUCCACAAGUAUUCUCCCCAUGUCAAGAAUUCUACCAAGUACAAGAUAAAUAAGCUGGCUAAAGACUGCUCUUCAUCAUUCAUAUGUAAGCUGUCUGUUUCGUGUUUUUAUAAUUAAAUGAGAUGACUCAAUACAAGUCACCUCUUUUCUGGCAGUGGAUCCAUUUACUGACAGCCCAAUUUUCACAAUACCCUGAUUGAGGUCUGGGGAUACUUGUUAUUUUUGUCUAGCUGUUUGAUUGCUUAAAAAUAGACCUCUUUUACAAUGUAAAUUUGUUACAUUAAAAAUUCUUUGGUAGCAGGCUUCGGUAUUUUCUUCACUUGCUCGGUUUCUUAAAUAGAAAAAGAAUUUUUAUGACAGAACUUCACUGAAGUAUUCAAAGAUUGUUUGCCUUGCUGAGAAGAUCAAAAGAAGUGCUGUUUACCCUCUCUAUAUUAUUUACCACUUACUUAAAGCUUCUUUCCAAAAAUGCAGAAAAUACAUUGAAACUAAUACAUUGAGCUUGUGAGUUAAUUUUUACAUGGAACUUUUGGUGCUAUAUUGAAGCUCAUGUACUUCUUUUACUGUCUCGAAUUUUUUUAUAUACGUACUUCAGGCAUUUUAUGAUACAUAAUGCUGGUAGACCAAAUAUAAUAUUAAAUAAAAUAAAAUUUUCAUGGUGUCAUUUUUCCCAAAAAAUUUUGGAGUAACAUUUUCUCUCGUUUUGUAACUUUUUAGUAACUUUUCCUUGCCAUCUGUGGUAACUGACUUAAUAAACUUACUUCUCACCUGCAGAAGAGUAUAAACAUCUAGUAGCAUACUGGAUGUUAGCAUACUAAUCUUAAGGACUUUCAAAUCUCUGUGAUCCUAACAUGCUUUCAUUAAUUUGUAAAGUUCUACUUAAUAACUUGCCUGCUCAGUGCCCUUAGAGUCUCCAAUUUUAUAAAUUUUCUUGCAAACAUUUUAAAUAAAAACAUUUCAAAUCA